AUGGGCGAGUCUAGUACCUUCUGGUAUUGCAGUAGCUCAACCCAAUGGCCUGAUGUCUUUGACAUCCUGCUCAUCUUGUUUGAAGCCCUAGGACUUCUACUGAACACUGCUGUAGCCAUCCUCCUAUUUAUGCUGCGAGGACCCUGUAAGACGAGCUUAGCACUCCUGCGAGGCCUGGUCGUAUCCUGCAUGCUGGCCUGUUGGGUCAACCUAGUCGAGGACGUAGCACCGAAAGUGCAAAAGACACCCAGCUACCACUUCAACCGCCUCCUCUGCAUCUUCUGGCAAAGUCGAUUCCUCUACUGGAUCUUCGUGGUUAUCGCCUCCCAAUUCCUCUUCUUUGGCGUCUACCGUUACCUGGACAUGACCGGUGCCGAUGACUACAAGAUGCUGUCAGAGGAAUAUCAGAUACCCACGUAUAGCACUGUAAUCACUGUCUUCAGUGUGCUAAUCACCGGACCACAGACCUUGUCGGUGAAUCUUGUGGGUGAUGACUGCAACUGCUCAAAUCGUAAGAUUAACAUCCCCUUCCUAUCGUUAAUAUACGCACAAGUCUACCUCUGGAUAGCGAUUCUGAUUGUUUUUGAUGGCAGCGUCCUGGCCUACAUCAGUGUUCGCCUUCGGCGUUUGUUGAGGACGCCGGCGGGCUGCAAACGUGAAGACAAGUUGGAACUGCUGCACUUCUACAACACAGGCCUCAGUGAGUGUCAGUUGUCUACUACUACCGCUGCGGCUGCUGUGUGUUCGAGCGGGAUAACGGGCUCAAUGUGCAUUACCCCGCUGUUCGUCAGUUAUCUGCUGUUCUUCUCCUAUGACCAACUCUACCAGUUCGCCAGUGCUGUGGAUCUCACCACUUAUGUCAUAGGCACCCAGGUUCAGCAAUGUGGUGAACUCUUGAUCAUUGGACACUUUGUCCUCGUGCCUAUCAUCAUUGUCGUCUACAUUCGUCCUCUACGACUGGGAAUGAAAAAGUGCUGGAGGAGACUGAUUGAUAAAACAUGA